AUAUCCUAGUACAUAGUACAUACUUUAGGCAGAGCUUUAGGUUUGCACUUCAAACAAAAUUCCCAUGUUUUUCUCCCAAACCAUAUUGUAAAUCAAGUAAACAAGAAUGUACCUUUAUUCUAGAUACAAUUUUUUACUAGCAUACCUAUUUCCGAAUUGAUUUUUUUUAAAAACGUUAGAUACUUUGUGGCAUUUAUAUACAAAUAUAGCCGAUUUUUAUAUAUUUCAGUUUUUGUAUAGUCGCUCAAGUACCAACAAUAUUAAUUAUGAAAAUAAACGAAAAUAUAUUCGAUAAAAUAAAAAGAUGCCGGGAAUGUAAAAAAUUUCUAUCGGUUAAACCGAUAAAAGUGUAUCCAAACGGACUAAUUAAAUGCGGACGAUGUUCAAAGGACAACAACAAUGGCGUUGAGUCUAAAUUAUACGAAAUGGUUUUAAAGAACACCUUAUUUCCAUGUGUGAACAGUUACGAAGGCUGUGAGGAAUCACAUACAAUAGAUAAAAUGUUAGAUCAUGAAAAUAUAUGUCUUGAAGGACAGUAUGAUUGUUUUUUGUGUUGCAACUUUAAAGGGCCUGCCUAUUUACUCGAUAUUCACUGUAAAGAAUACCAUAAAUUAGAAUAUCUAGAAAAUUUGGAAUUUGUGCUUGAUGUGAACAGCUGUACCUCAACCAUCUGUUAUUUCCAUUCAAGGUUUAGAAAAUUAUUCUUUAUAAAGGGCAGUUACGAUGCUGAAAAUACUGAACUGCAGAUAGAUUUAAUAUAUGUAGGAAAAUUAUUUAAAGGAGAAGUAAAGUAUCAAGUUAAAAUUUAUUCAGUAAAUAAUGAACUCAAAUAUGAAUCCCCUAAGAAUUAUUGUUCUGUUAUGGAACUUAUACUGGGAGAUACAGUCAAAAUUAAUAUUCAGGAUCUUAAUUUAUCACAAAGUAUGGUUGUAUGUAAAUUUAUUGUAGAAACAAAGCCUUAUUUACAAUUGUCAGACACAACAACUGUAACUGUUAUAGAUCCAUUUUUGGAUUCUUACUUGUUGAAAUGUCCAUUUUACAAUAUUAUGGUGUCUGGAGAUCCUGAAAAAUUUGAGUAUCCUUCUACAUUUUACUUUAGAGGCAUAAUAUGGAAAGUAUAUAUUAAAAUAAAAAAGAGUCUGAUUGAUAAAAUGAUAAAAUUUGGAAUAUACAUGCAGUGGCAUAACACAGUUCUAGAUUCAAAUCCCAUAGAGUACUGUGUCAUAUCAGCAAUAUUUAAUGUGAUUGGUGUUAACGCUUCAAACAUGAUACUGAAAAAAACUAAAAAAGUGGAUAAAGAGAAAUUGUCAUUAGCGAAAAGUAUCGGUGUUAUUAUAGGAGAUUACAAAGAGAUCCUUGAUCCCGACGGGAUUUUUUACAUAAAUAAAUGCAUAAAUGUAGAAAUUCAGUUUAAAAUUCACACCACUAAAAUCAGGGAGAUAAAAUGUGAAGAUUGUCAACGACCUUGCGCUUGCAAUUCCGUGAAUGUAUAGAAAAUCGCUUGUAA